ACAAAGUAUUCAUUCAUUGGGGGUUUGUGGGACCCUGUGGUCAUUGUCGGGGUGCCUGAGAGAGCGCCCGGCUGGAAGUGUUUUCCUUCUCCCUUGAGCCGGGGGGAAUCACUUUUAAAAAGGUGUGUUAAGGACUUUAUGUUGGUGCCCGAAGAGUCGGAGAUUCCAUUCCUUGUUUUGCCACCACCCAGGGGAAGGCAGGGGAAGCAGCUGUGGCUUCAAACAGGCUCACUCCCUCAUGCCAUGCAUGGGAAGAUUAAGGAAUUUAUCUGCCCUGCCGGCAACAGGAUUGCUCAGAACUUGCAACCUGCCCGCAACUGAAGAAGCAGCAGCCCAAGGCUCAGUGAUGGGUUUGCAGUACUUUCCUGUACGAUGAACCUGCAACUUUUUCCUCUCAACUCUUUCUUUUUUUUCAAAGGAUCUGUGCAAAGGAUCUGUGCUACUGCAGAGGUUCACUAAUGUUGUUUCUGAGUUUCACUGAGAGAGCAGGGGGGUUGUGGGGAUGGCGUAGAGGUCAUGCCUAGACUUGUUUGAAGUCCCGUCACCCCCCCCCCCCCUCUUUUCUCACAUGUUAAAGGUUACAGAUUAAGUUUGGUCUCGGAAUGCAGCCGGGAAGUGAAGAACCGAGAGAGCAGUCGUAAAGAACUCUGUGUGCAUCUGGGACUAAGUGUGUGUGUGUGUGAGGAGAGAGGGUUUGUGUGUGAGUCUGUACAGCAGUUAGCAUGUGUGCAUGUGCUGCUAUGCUGGUUCUGAGCAGCCGGGCCACAGAUGUGUUCCCCGAGGCUACUGCCCUGUCGUCCCGGCAACAGUCGACUGGCAAGACCGUGCUCCACGUUUCAGUCUUCCUAAAUGGCACGGCAGACUGCACCGGUGGUGAGGGAGAGGCGAAGGGAGGGGCGGAAAGCGGAGAGUCAGAGGUGCCGGGACAAGGAAAGAGCCCCAGGCCAGGGAGUGGGACGUCCGACCGAGAGCUCGGCAGGUGGCUAUCCCCAAGCGCCUCACUGGAGCUGAGAGGUGGGAGGAGGAGGAGGUGGAGGGGGAGGGAUGAUGAACCUGGAAUGAGGACAAACCGGUUUGCUAAACUGCUCCCCGAAAUCUCAGCCGAGAAGCCUUCCCAGUCAGAGUCAGCGCAGGGCUCCGGAGAUGCGAGGAAAGAGAUUCGGGAAUCCAGUUCUCUCUCACGGGUCCACCACAAGGUUUAUGAGGAAGACCGCAGCAAUGCUGACCCUGAGGACCCCUCUAACAGGCCCCAGGUUGUGGUUCUGCGAAAGACUUCACACAACAGCCUGCCCCUGGGCAGUAGGAGAGUGGUGAGCAUGUAUGGCUCCCUCCCCGAAACUGAACAGCAACAGCAGCAGCAGCAGCAGCAAAGGAAUUCAAGCAGUAAGCUUCUGGAGCGGCUCCACAGACCCAGGAGCGUGUGCAUGCUGGCCAACGCUAACCCCGGCCCUCUCUCGGCCCCGGUGGGCCAGUCCUCCUCUGCCUUCGGGGGUGUAGGUCCUCCAGGGGCACCUCUCCAAAGGAGCCGUCGAGCGGAGCUCCGAGCCGUCGACGGCCUCAAGCCGGAGCUUCCGCCUGCGUUCUGCCUGCCCCCGUUCCCCAACGACACCGUCCCCCGGAGGACGAAUAAGAGUUUGGCGAAACAACAACAGAGGCCUGUCAGCAUGACCGUCCUAGAGCUGAAAGAGCGCAUCUCCUCUCAGGAGGUGCUCUCCAGGGACACGCCGGGCCUGUCUCGAGGAGGCUUCCCCUGGAAGCUGUUUGGCAAGCCGCCACAGGACAGGGAGCCCGUUGUCGCUCCUCCGGUGCCCAACGGGGGUAAACAGGAAGCCCCCAAACGCACCCUGAGCUCUUUGCGCCGCAGCCUCAGCCUCCGCAUCAGACGCAAUCGGAACAAAACCGACUCUGAACCAGAACCGGCGUCGGACCCACGGAGUCGCACAAGAAGUUUCGGACAGGAUAUACUGCGUUCUUCUCAGCCUUUCUCUUACCUGACCGGCAGAGCCCUGUCGCCUGCGUACGAGAAGGACGAGGUCCAGGGCAACAUGCAGUACAUUCAGUACCAGACCAGGGGCAAGGUCAAGGUGAUGGAAGUCCCAAUCCGCCCAGCCCAACUCUCUGAGAAACAGGCCCCCGACGAACCCAGCCUCUGGCAGCUAAUUGCCAACCGGUUCAGGAGGAAAAACCCGCCAACCAGCAACAAAUCUGAACUUCAUGUAGACAGCCAAGGACCUGGCACAUAUCCCCCUGUAAGGCUAAAAAAGCCACCGCCAGUUGCCAUAGAGACGUUAGCAGCAAGCACUGGCAUCAGUAAAGUUCAAGAUUCCUUCGUCAACAGUCAGGAAUGGACAUUGAGUCGGUCAGUGCCAGAACUCAAAGUGGGCAUCGUGGGGAACCUCUCGAGCGGGAAGUCAGCCCUGGUCCAUCGCUACCUGACAGGAACAUAUGUUCAGGAGGAGUCACCUGAAGGGGGCCGGUUUAAAAAGGAGAUCGUUGUGGACGGACAGAGCUACCUGCUUCUCAUCAGAGAUGAAGGAGGCCCCCCGGAGCUACAGUUUGCCGCCUGGGUGGACGCUGUGGUGUUCGUCUUCAGCCUAGAGGACGAGAUCAGCUUCCAGACGGUGUACAACUACUUCCUGCGUCUGUCCAGCUACAGGAACACUAAUGAGGUGCCCAUGGUAUUGGUCGGCACGCAAGAUGCCAUCAGUGCCACCAACCCCAGAGUCAUCGAUGACGCCCGCGCCCGCAAGCUGUCAAACGACCUGAAGCGCUCCACCUACUACGAGACCUGCUCCACCUACGGCCUCAACGUGGAGCGAGUCUUCCAGGACGUUGCCCAAAAGGUGGUGGCCCUGAGGAAAAAGCAGCAGCUGUCUAUUGGCCCGUGCAAGUCCCUCCCUAACUCUCCCAGCCACUCAUCUGUCCCCUCCGCAUCCAUCCCCUCCGUCCACAUCAAUCAGCAGGCGGCUAACGGUGGGGGCGCCUUCAACGACUACUCGUCCUCCGUGCCCUCCACGCCCAGCAUGGGCCAGCGGGAGAUGCGCAUCGAGACCAUCGCCGCCUCCAACACGCCCACGCCCGUCCGCAAGCAGUCCAAGCGCCGCUCCAACAUCUUCACAUCGCGGAAAGCCAGCGAGCAGGCAAAGAGCACAGACAGUAAAACAGACAGCAUAGGCAGUGGAAGAGCCAUACCCAUCAAACAGGGAAUCCUUUUAAAGAGGAGUGGGAAAUCCCUGAAUAAAGAAUGGAAGAAGAAAUACGUGACCCUCUGUGAUAACGGCCUCCUGACCUACCACCCCAGUUUACAUGACUACAUGCAGAACAUCCAUGGGAAGGAGAUCGACCUGCUGAGGACCACGGUGAAGGUGCCGGGGAAGAGGCCUCCGCGCGCCGUCUCUACCGUCGCCACCGUCGCCCCCACCGCCAGCCCCAAGACCAACGGCCUGCCCAAGGACCGCAGCGCCCUGCAGCUGGGCGUAGGCACCUCUGGUGCUCCCCACUCAAACAGCAGCACGUCUCUGCAGUCGGAGCGUUCGGUGAGCGGUGCGGGGCUGCCGGGCUUCGGCGGCAGUAAGGACGGAAUGCACCAGCGCUCCUUCUCCGUGUCCAGCGCCGAGCAGUGGAGCGAGGCCGUCAUCAACACCAGCAUCACCAGCAGCGGCGCCGCCAAUGGGAUGGCAGACCCGCUGACCUGCAGCCCUGGGAUUGGCAGUGCCACCAGUCCCAAACUGGAGCCGCCUCCGUCGCCUCACGCCAACCGCAAGAAGCACCGGCGGAAAAAGAGCACGGGCAUCACCAAACCAGACGGGGUGUCUACUGGAAAUGAGGAGCAAGAGGAGUCCUUUGAGUUUGUCAUCGUGUCACUUACCGGACAGAUGUGGCACUUUGAGGCAUCCACUUUCGAGGAGAGGGAAUUAUGGGUAACGGCGGUCGAGAGCCAGAUAUUUGCCAGCCUGCAGUCCUGCGAGAGCAGCAAAAACAAGUCACGGUUAGGCAGCCAGAGUGAUGCGGUGGCCAUCCAGUCCAUCAGGAACGUGAGGGGGAACAGCUUCUGUGUGGACUGUGACGCCCCCAACCCCGACUGGGCGAGCCUGAACCUGGGCGCUCUGAUCUGCAUCGAGUGCUCGGGGAUCCACCGCAACCUGGGCACACACCUGUCGCGCGUGCGCUCCCUGGACCUGGACGACUGGCCCGUGGAGCUCAGCAUGGUCAUGGCGGCCAUCGGCAACGCCAUGGCCAACAGUGUGUGGGAGGGAGCCCUGGAGGACUACACCAAACCAGGCUCAGACACCACAAGAGAGGAGAAGGAGCGCUGGAUCCGGGCGAAGUACGAGCAGAAGGUCUUCCUGGUGGGGCUGCCCCAGUCGGACAUGCCCCUGGGGCAGCAGCUGCUGAGGGCCGUGGUGGAGGACGACCUCCGGCUGGUGGUGCUGCUGCUGGCUCACGGGACCAAGGAGGAGGUCAACGAGACGUACGGCGACGGCGACGGCCGCACGGCGCUCCACCUCUCCUGCGCCAUGGCUAACGUGGUCAUCACCCAGCUCCUCAUCUGGUACGGAGUGGACGUGAAGAGCCGUGACGCACGCAGUCAGACCCCGCUGUCGUACGCGCGGCGCGCGGGCAGCCAGGAGUGUUCCGACAUCCUGCUCCAGCACGGCUGCCCCAACGACAGCGCCGGGGGCCUGGCCUCGGCAUCCACGCCCACCGCCACCCGCCGGAACCCCAACGCCAACAACAACAACGCCCAGGGCGAGCUCAACCGCAGCAUCAGCAUCAUGUAGGGCCAGAGGAAGGGUGGAGGAGGGGAACCCCGAGCCCAGACCCCCACCCGCGCUGACUGGCCUGACUGACUGACUGUGUCUCCCUUCCUUCUCAUGCUGUGCCCACGUCCAUCUCCCCACCCAUCCCAGGUCCAAGAGCCCGGAUUACAGCCCAGACCUGGACCAGUUCUAGACUCCACUGCCAUCUGCCCGUUGGCGUUGGUCAGAGUACGUCUCCAUCCUCCUCGUGCUGCCCGUGCAUUCAUGGCCACCACGCCCUCCUCCGUUUCCUCUCCGGUGUGGCUGUGGCAUACCCCCUUGGCACAGCGGGACACAGGCUGCCCGUCUGUGAGCGCCUCGUGUCCGUGACCCUUGAGCACCGUGUCCCCACUGGUUUCAGUACCCUUAAGUCCAAGUCCUGGUCAUGUCUGCAAUCUCACUCGACACGCCCCUUCCUUUAAUCUCUUAAACCAAGCCGAUCAACCUCCAUUUGUCAAAACAAAGACACACUCACAAACAUAAAGCUUUCACUGUGUCCUCUUGUCUGGUCGUGGUUCGCUGUGUGUGUGAUACACCUUUAUGGCACCCCCCCAUCGUCCAGUACAUUCUGAAGAAGUGGACCUAAUCUAUCUAAUCAAUCUAAAACAUUACCAUGUUUCGGGAGAGCAACGUUAUGUCGAGGUAGUCCUUAGUCUAAAGUGCUCCACAGAAAGAAAGGGAUCUGGUGGGUUUCAGUGGAAUUCCAAGGGUGCCCUCGCACAUGUAAAAGCCAUCUGUAGAUAAUAAUAGCCUCUGAAUAUUUCCAUCAUGUCAGCAACACCAUAAAACUGCUGAGCAUCUCAGAUCAUCUGUUGUAACUCCUGACUGAUGGUGAACUGCUUGAGGCCACCACUAUUAUGUUUACAUUUGACAGCUAAAAGUUUUAAACAAAAGCGUUUCCUUUGUGUAGUGAAUGAGUAGUGGUUGGUGUAUGUAGUGGAGGUGAAGCUUAUUUAUUUCAGCACUACUUUUAUAUUGUGCCUCCUGGACAUUUCAUUUAAUAGAGCUGAAAAAACAAUGACAGUACAGCAAAAAAUACAGCAGUACAAAUACAGUAACAGAUGCUGUGAACAAUACUAUACUAAACCUUGGUUCCCAUUUAAUAGGCAAAACAAGCAAAUAGGAAGAGAAAGAGAAAGAGAACAUAAAAAAAAAAACAAUCAGGUGAAAGUUCAUCUUGGGAAAUGAUGGAACAAGAGAUGAGCAUGUGUUCAGGUUUGAGAAUCCCCAUCCAAACCAUAGCCUGAUUGUGUCAUAUAGGUGGCCAAAUGUGUCACUUCAUUCUUUCCACCUUUUGACAGGACUGCAGAGUGGGAUGCCUCUUUGAUGGCCUGAUACCCAGUGAUUACGCUGAAACAGCCUGGUCAUUACCGGCUCUAUGAGCGAGUGGACGGGGAGUUCUUAUGACUCUUUGACACCAGUGGCCCCUGCCAUUGUUUUCAAAUCUACUCUGUAUAAUGGGAAUGCUGUCCACACUUCUGGGGGACAUGGCAGCAGAUAGACAGCACUUGAGACAACAUCUGAACUGCCUUGCUUUCCAUUCUUUGGUACCUUGUGAGUGGGUAUGAAUGUGUGAGUGUCAGAAAAAAAGGCAGAGAGAGAGAGAGAAGGGGGGGGGGUGGGGUAGGAGGCCUGAAGAGAGGAAGUGGUUUAACGUCAAAACUUUGGGAAGCAAAAAUCAACAUGGCCGCAAGGGAGAAACCGAUGUACAGAUUAAUGUAAAAAGUCCUUAUUUCCUCCCGCAGCCAUUCCUCUGCCGUGUGGCUGUGACUCUUCCUCCUGAAACUAUUAUCCUAAUGUCCUGAUUCAGGGAACCUCCCCAGUCCCAUUUAGGUACUAAACUUCAGUGUCUUGUCAUCAUGUAGAACAGACAAAGAAACGACCUUCAGGUCUCUUCUGGUCACGAGGACUGGGAUCGCUUUGUUGACCAGUAGAUCUGAAUGUUCUCUGAUUCGUAGUGUUACUGUAGGCUUUUUCCUUACAUUGGGAGUGACACAGCCAUUUUUACAUUUUUAGCAAAAAAAUACAUUAUAUAUAUUUCUGGAUUUAGGCGCGUAGCACAAAGUCUACAGAGGUUUUCCUGACUGUUUGAACCAGACAUCAGACUAUCCUGUUCAAAGUCAUUUUUACCAUGCAGUAUUUUAAGUUUACAGAGCUAGGGUACUACUUAAGCAUGGUACCAUUAUUUUCCAUUUUCUGUACUUGGUGUGCAGUCAUAUAGUGUCUUAUUAGAUGACCUAGGCACAUGAUGGGGGCAAUGAAAAAGACUAAAUUCAUCAGAAAAAUUGUUGGAUUAACUGUUCAUGUUUGGAUAAUCUGUCAUUAGAGCCCCUUUUGCUAGUUCCUUUUUUUGGCCUCGUUUUGGGCAUCUUAAAUGUUUGUGCCUCAGAGCCACGAAGCCUUCCUAACACUGCCAUACGUCGGAGCGGGAGACGCAAGACAUGACGUGUUCACGCCAACGCAACGCUGUGAUGUAAUGCACCGUUAUGACUUGGCAAAAACUAUGCGACCAAAAGCCAUGCCAGCUAAAUCUGGUUCGGGAGCCUCAACAUGUCUGCUUCCAUGAGCUGUUGUGUCACACCCAGUAUGGUAGUGUUAUGGCGGACUGGCUAAAAGAAGAACGUUUCUUUUGUUCAUUGACUCCAACUGCUAAACCCAUGAGGGUACAUGCCUCUGUUUGCUAAACACACAUUUGUUCAAUGCAUCGCGCACAUGACCUGUCACUGAGAACAGACCACUUUUUUUUAAAUAAUGGACAUGGUCUGUCAAAUGUGGUUUAAAUAUCAUCAUUUGGUGCAAUUUGUUAAUUGACUUUUCAAAAUGCUGUGUACUUCAUAGAAGAGAAAACAUUCAAAGACAUUUUUUGUGUUAAUUCACCGGGAAAUCUGAAGACAUUUGACCUCUGUGAACAGGAUGUGAAGGAAGGUGUUUGACCCUUAGAACAUACAGUAUGUUAUACCUUUGAUGUGCCCUUAGUGUUCUUGCCCGGCCUCUGGGUCCAGACUACAGUCUCUCUGUGGGAAUGCUAGUUCUGGUCCCCGACUACAGUCUCUCUGUGGGAAUGCUAGUUCUGGUCCCGACUACAGUCUCUCUGUGGGAAUGCUAGUUCUGGUCCCCGACUACAGUCUCUCUGUGGGAAUGCUAGUUCUGGUCCCCGACUACAGUCUCUCUGUGGGAAUGCUAGUUCUGGUCCUGACUACAGUCUCUCUGUGGGAAUGCUAGUUCUGGUCCCCGACUACAGUCUCUGUGGGAAUGCUAGUUCUGGUCCCGACUACAGUCUCUCUGUGGGAAUGCUAGUUCUGGUCCCGACUACAGUCUCUCUGUGGGAAUGCUAGUUCUGGUCCGGACUACAGUCUCUCUGUGGGAAUGCUAGUUCUGGUCCGGACUACAGUCUCUCUGUGGGAAUGCUAGUUCUGGUCCCGACUACAGUCUCUCUGUGGGAAUGCUAGUUCUGGUCCCGACUACAGUCUCUCUGUGGGAAUGCUAGUUCUGGUCCGGACUACAGUCUCUCUGUGGGAAUGCUAGUUCUGGUCCGGACUACAGUCUCUCUGUGGGAAUGCUAGUUCUGGUCCCGACUACAGUCUCUCUGUGGGAAUGCUAGUUCUGGUCCCUGACUACAGUCUCUCUGUGGGAGUGCUAGUUCUGGGCAUCUUCUCCAUUUUCUAAUGAAACAUUCAGAGUGCAUUUCUCUCAAACCAGAGUGGGGAAGAUGAGAGGAGGUGGUACUAGGAACAAGGCUUCAACCUCUGUAGCCACUAUUAAUACUCCACUUCAAUGCUGUGUUUGGGAAUGGAUUAUGAAUGUUUUAGACACGGUUAGAGAAGAAAAAAAAGAGUCCUCUCUUCCAGAUGUUAUUAUUUUGUACCCCCCAAAGAUCACUGGUUGAAGAUAUAGGUGAAUAUAUCAAGCUAGGAACCUUGGACCUUAUCCUAAGCAGCCUGAAUGUGUUGUGUGUGUGUUUUGUUGCCGUGUACAGAUAUGGGAGCACAAGCAUGGGAAAAGGAGCUUUUCAGAGGUAAAUAUCAGGCAAGUGACCUUUUGUGUGAGGUGUGUGAGGGGCAGCACCUGAAAGCUAGUUUUAGCUAUGGGAAAGGAUUGGGCCGCAAGUUAUGAGCUAUGCCCUAACUAACAGCCAUCCGUGCUUUCAGGUGUACCAGCACUGUCUUCAACUAUUACAUAGCAAUGGCCUCUUCCCCUCAUAGACAUUGUAUCUUUUACAUUACAUUGGUUGUUUUUAUCCCUUUUUUAAUUAUAUUUUAGGUACUUUCUUUGGUCAUUUGUUGGCCAUUUUAAGGUACUUUGUGUAAAAUGAUGUACAUUUGACAUAUUUAUAAUGCAGGAUGUAAAUAUUGUUUUUGUUUGUUUUUUUUUUUUUUUUUUUUUGUUAAUUUUGCAUUGUGUUUAAUUUUCAUGACAAAUGUGUUUUCCAUAUGUGCUUGUGCAAACAAGCAGAUGCAAGAGAGUAACCUGUUGUGUGAUUGGAUGCUUGGCUGGCAAUUGACCUAUUAAACCAUCCCAAUAAAAAUGAUUUAUACCAUA